CCUGAUCUAAGACGAAACCUUUUAAAGUGAUAUAAAGAUUUAGAAAAAAAACUAUAGUUUCACAAAUUAUAAUUUAUACAAAACCAUUACCAAAUGUUUCCAUAGAACUCUACAUUCAGGGACCCUCUAAUAAUAGUGUAAUACCAUACUUUUUCUUAAUAUAUAUCCCCCUCUUAUUAUGACCCAACCCCACUUCUUAAGCUACUAAUUAGUAGUUGUAGUACUAGUUCAUACAUAAUCACACCAAACCCCCUUAUCUUUGCACCAUUUCCUAGUACACCCGUGUGCUUAAAACCCUCUUCAAAAAUAAAAUCUUCUUAGAAAACUCUCUUUUUUCCUUACUUAAAAAUUGCUUCUUUUUCUUCUUCUUCUCCUCAAGUGAGUAUGGCAGCAGGGGCAGGAUCUCCUUGUGGAGCAUGCAAGUUCUUAAGGCGAAAAUGCGCAUCCGAUUGCAUUUUCGCCCCGUAUUUUUGUUCCGAGCAAGGACCGGCUCGUUUCGCUGCCAUACAUAAAGUGUUUGGAGCUAGCAAUGUGUCUAAACUCCUUUUGCAUCUCCCAGUGCAUGACCGUUGUGAGGCUGUUGUUACCAUUGCUUAUGAAGCCCAAGCCCGGAUCCGUGACCCGGUUUACGGUUGUGUUGCUCACAUCUUUGCUUUGCAACAACAGGUUGCAUAUUUACAAGCACAACUUGUACAAGUGAAGGCACAACUAGCCAACAAUUUAGUAGAUAACAGAAACAACAACAUGGAAAACCAAUGGACAACAGCAACAGCAACAACAGCAAUACAAGGGAAUAACUGUCACAAUUAUCCAACAAUUCAAACAUCAGUUUUUCAAACACAAAGCUGCCCAACAAUAACAACAACAACAAGAGUUGACAACAAUGAUAUUAACAAUAAUUAUAGAAUGAUGAUAAUGGCAAUGCAAGACUAUGGUGGUGUAAUUUCGGCGAAAUCCGAGGGUAUUAUUGGAAAGAAAAGAUCCCAUAAUGACAUGGGUGAGCUUCAAGAAUUGGCCCUUAGGAUGAUGAGGAAUUAG